AUGGCGGUGAACCAGAACCAUACGGUGGACCGCCGUGGGGCCGCCAUCCCUCAUGGUGAAAGUCUCUUGAAGAAAUGUUCAUAUGUGGACCUCUCCUUUCCCCAGUCACCGUCGGGCUCCAGCCUCUUCAGUGGUACAAAGAGGGGGGCUCUGUUUCUCACCUCAUACCGGGUGAUUUUUGUGACUUCACGUUCAGACAAUGAUCCCAUGUUGUCAUUUAUGAUGCCGUUUCAUCUAAUGAAUAACUGCACCGUUGAACAACCAAUCUUUGGUGCAAACUACAUUAAAGGGACAAUUCAGGCAGCUCCAGAUGGUGGCUGGGAAGGGUCUGCUACUUUUAAAAUAGUCUUCCGGAAAGGAGGUGCUAUCAACUUUGCCCAGUUGAUGGCCAAAGCUGCCUCUGCUGCUGCCCAAGGAGUUCCACUCAGAGUUGCAAGCUUCUGGAUGGGUCCUCUAGGAAUUUAUGUCAUCACUGGGGACAGGAGCAUGUAUCCCCCACAGGCGUUCCAAGUUGCCUACGGAGCCCCGCCUGCGGGGUACGGAGCCCCGCCUGUGGGGUACGGAGCCCCACCUGCGGGGUACGGAGCCCCACCUGCGGGGUACGGAGCCCCACCUGCUGGGUACGGAGCCCCACCUGCGGGAUACGUAGCCCCACCUCCCAGAUAUGAAGUGCUGCCUCCUGGAUACGGAGCUGUGAGAUACGGAUCCCCUCCUCCUCUAUACGUAGCUACCCCCGUGGCCUAUGGAGUCCCACCUCCUGGGUAUGGACCUCCACCUGGGAGAUACGGAUCCCCACCUCCUGGAUAUGAAGCCCCCACUGUGGCGUAUGGAGCCCAAACUCCCAGAUACGUAACCACACCUAUGAGCUCCAGUUCCCCGCCUCCCGGAUAUGAAGCCCCGCCUAUGGGGUAUGGAACUCCUUCCGGGCGUGAGUCCAACCCUCCUGGAUCCACAGCCUUGUCUGUAGCACAGGAAGCUCCACCUGCUGGGCCAUCCCACGCCCGUGACAGCCCACAAUCCUGA